AUGUCCUUCCUUUAUUCUUGGUACCGUACCCUCCGCCGGUCAAUUGUCCGGAAUCGCCUUCUCCGCAUAUUCCUUAUCGUCUUUUUCGCCUGCAAUCUCAUUGAGCUCCACCUGAUCCUCCGUCGCAUAUCCGAAGUCGAAAUCAUUCACCGCGACCAGCCGCGCCGGAGGGAAAGAAUCUAUAUUGCCAGCGUAAAUUGGAAUAAUGAAAUUAUUUUACGCAGCCAUUGGAGCCAGGCUCUAUUAGAGCUGGCCUGGAAACUCGGUCCGGAAAAUGUAUACAUUAGUAUCUAUGAAAGCGGCAGCUAUGACAAUACCAAGGGUGCAUUGAUGGAACUGGAUAUGGAAUUGGAACGCCUCCAAGUACCACACACGAUCACUUUAUCCCCUAUCACGCAUGAGGAUGAAAUGGCUGGUACUCCGGGAGAAGGUUGGGUGAAGACACCAAACGGAGAUAUGGUGCUGCGGCGAAUCCCAUACUUAUCACGCACACGAAAUAUGAGUCUCAAACCACUGGAAGAUUUGGCGAAACAAGGCAUCACAUUUGAUAAAAUUCUCUUCCUCAAUGAUGUGGUGUUCACGCCAAAGGAUGUGUUCGAAUUGCUAGAUACCAACGACGGCAGCUACGCCGCUGCUUGCUCAAUGGACUUCGCCAGACCUCCAAACUACUACGAUACCUUUGCUCUUCGCGACGCCAGCGGCCACGAGGCCAUGAUGCCGACAUGGCCUUUCUUCCGAGAUGCCGCAUCUCGGCAUGCCGUAAAAAAUCUAUCUCCAGUCCCCGUCCAAAGUUGCUGGAACGGCAUGGUUGCAAUGCCCGCCGCUCCUUUCACUGCCAAUCCCCCUCUUCGGUUUCGCGGAAUCUCAGACUCGCUUGCCUCCUCACAUCUAGAAGGCUCUGAAUGCUGCCUCAUUCACGCCGAUAACCCCUUAUCUACGCAAGAUGGUGUUUACAUGAACCCUCUCGUCCGAGUUGGAUACAGUGGCCCGGCCUAUGUGGCUGUGAACCCCAUUGCUAGAUGGCUCUCAGCACGUUCGAUCCUGCAAGGAUUGUGGAUUAAUAGGCUGCUCCGCUGGACUACGACCACUUGGUUCAAAGAUAAGGUGGUUCAAUAUCGCAUGGAUAGCUGGGCAUCUUCGAGUCCGGAGAACCGGGAGCCAGGGAAGUAUUGUAUCAUAAACGAGAUGCAGGUCUUACAUCCUUGGGGAUGGGGCCACAUGUAA